CACCAAUACAGAAAUCUGUAAUUUGGCAACUAUGGCCGCUCGUUGAUAGAUGGCGCUGGCACAUUUUGACAUCAAAAUGGUUUCCUAACCUCAAUUAUUUGUAUACAUUAAUUAUUAAUUGAAUUAAUUGAAAAAUGGACUUAAAACAAUUAAUUUUGGACACUGAUUGUCCACUAGUAAUUAAAAACCGUUCAAAAUGCAAUUUAUUGUCCUGGACAAUCGAGGACUGGACAAAAGCAGUGGGACAAGAUUUGUUGGAAAUUCGGUGCGGCAAAACCAGUUUUACUGAGGAGCCCCAGUGGGACAAAACAUGUACCAUCAAAAAAGUCCAAUUUAAGGAUUUCUUUGAGGAAAAACCUGGGGAAUUUUGGUAUUUUGACUACAAACAUCUUUGCCAGUGGUUCAAAGACAAAGAGGAUUUAAGGCAGCAAAUUGAUUGGUCUGAAUUGGGAUUUCCCGAGCUAAAAGCCGAUGACUCGACUAUUUGGAUUGGUACCAAAGGGGCCCACACCCCUUGCCACCAAGAUACCUACGGUACCAACAUGGUACUGCAAUUAUACGGAAAAAAACUAUGGCUUCUAUGGCCUCCUGGUACCCCAGACUUAAACCCUACACGUUUCCCCUUUGAAGAAUCCAGUAUAUUUUCAAAAUUGAAUUUUUUCAGUCCAAAUUUCCAACCAUCUAAUGGUUGUUUUAUGACUAUUUUGGAACCUGGAGAUGUUUUGGUGGUACCCCAUAAAUGGUGGCACUAUGUGGAAAAUCUAGAAUUCUCUAUAAGUGUCAAUGCGUGGUUGCCACAUUGUCGAGACAAUUUUGAAAGAAUCAAGGAAAGUGUGGCAACCAUUUUGAUGAAACAAUUCUACAAUAGUGACUCAUUGAUUAGCAUCAAUGAGGCAUUAAAUAUUAUUCAAGCAAGUAAGAGUAAAAAGAGUGAGAAAGAAAAUCGGAAAAUUAUUAAAAAUGACAAAGAUGCAAAUAUUGUUUCACUCCAAUGGCUAAAUGAAACCGAGUUUAAUGAGUUUCUAAAAAAUCAAAAAAAUCGUUUCAAAAAGGAGGAGGAGGUGACAUCUACUGGCCAAUCAAAAACUAGUUUACAUGAUUUGCUUGACGCAAUUAUGAGCGAUGACGUAUUGGAUUUGAUUGCUAAUAAAUUGAUUAAAAAUUAGUUGUUUUAUUGCAGAUUCCUGUAAAUUGAAAAAAAAAUUCUGUGAUAGAUUUGGUUGUUGUUUGAUAGAUGGCGCCACUUGAAAUAAUUAUUUUGACUUUUGUUACAUUAUCCUUGAUUUUAUUUCAGACACAAUGAUGACGUCAUCAUAGAUGCUUCGUUUUUUAAAAGAAAAAUGAGCCAAUGAAGCGACAAGGAUUUUUAUUGGGUGGUGUUACAACCUUCAGGACAACUCCUAGUGCCCUUUUGUUUAUUAAUUGUUGUUAAUUAUUUAAAAAAAUUAAAUAAUUUUUUGGAAAUUUAUUUGUUUUAUUUUUGUUAAAAUUUAUUUCAGAGCGGAAAAAUUUGAGGGGGCGGGGCCUAAUUUGGCUCCGCCCAUUUUGUGGGUGGAGUCAAUUUUGACCACGCCUUUUGAAAAUUUCACAAACUUUUUAAUUUCGUAUCAGGAGAGCAGGAACGCAAAGAGAUGAAAUUUUGGUACUUUGUAGGCGGGGCUUAAUUAGGCCACGCCCCUUGAAAUUUUUCAAAAAUUUUUCAGAAAAUUUUUUAUUUUGUAUUAGGAGAGCAGGAUCGAGAAGAGAUGAAAUUUUGGCGCUUUGUGGGCGGAGCCUAAUUAGGCCACGCCCACCCAAAUUUUUCAAAAAAUUUCGAAAAUUUUCCGGAAAAAUCGAAAUUUUGUAUCAGGAGAGCAGAAACGUGAAGAGGUAUUUUUUUGGGCGGAGCCUAAUUAGGCCCCGCCCACCAAAUUUUCACCAAAAUUUUCCAAAUUUGCCAAAAAAAAAAAAAAAACAAAAUCGUAACGAUUGUAUCAAUUGUUUAUUAACAAUAAUUAAUGUACAAAAAAAAAAAAAUUGACACUUAACCUAAUUAUUUAUUAAUAAUUAAAAAAAAAAACACUGUGGCGCCAUCUACGAGGCGGAAGCCGCACUAAAUAAAUAAAUAUUUUACAAACUAAAAAAAAAGUAGAUUUCGCUAUUAAAGCUGUACACUAAAAGCUAAUAAUCACAAGUUCGGGGGUUUUCGGCCGUCAGACCGAGAGAUGGCGCUAGUCGUCUUUCAGCAUGCUCAGAGGGUUCGUUUUACCCGAUCUGGGGUCGCUGCUUAUCGCC